GGCAGGUGCGGCCGCGGCCGCGGCGGCCGGUGGGCGGCAGUGACUGCGACGUACCGAGCGGUGGAGGAGCGACAACAGCGGCGCGCGCAACCAGUGGUGCGGACUGCACGAAGCGCCGGCAGCGGCGACCGCACUGCCGCCGUUGGUGACGACAGGAGACCACCUGCAGGCGGUGACGGGGGAGGAGGACCGCGGAGGCAGGUCGGCCGGGAUGGCGGCCAGCGCGCUCAUGGCGCGCCUCACCCGGCGCUGGAGGAAGCGCAGCGUCGACAUCACCGAGGAGGACCCCACGUUCAAGACGGUCUACCUCGGCAACACCGUCACGCAGUGGGCUAAGGGCAGCGGCAGCGUCGACAAGCCGCUGGCCACGCUCUGGAGGAACUACUGCCAGUCGACCAAGCCCGACAUCGAGAUGCGCGUGACGAUCGCCGUCUCUGGCCUGAAGGCGACCACGCGCGAGCACGGCCUGACCGAGUACUGGAGCCACCGCAUCACCAACGCCUACGCCCACCCCAGCUACCCCAAGAUGUUCUGCUGGGUGUACCGACACGAGGGGCGCAAGAUGAAGCCGGAGCUGCGCUGCCACGCCGUGCUGUGCUCGUCCGAGGCCAAGGCGCGCCUCAUGGAGCGCCACCUGACCGAGCGGCUGCACCAGGCGCUCGUCGAGUUCCGCAAGGAAAAGCAGCUGCGCCAGAACGCGCGCCUCUCCGUGGUCAGCGUGCUGUACCCGAGCACGCCGCGGCGCAAGGUGGUGCUCACGAGCGGAGGCGUCAACUACCGGCCGCCGCUCGAGCGCAGCAAGAGCGCGCCCAAGCUGAGCAGCAUCGAGGAGGACCGUGAGGGCGAGGAGAUCGCCGCUCGCGACGACGCGCGCCGCCUGGCGGCGGCGGCGGCCGAGCGCGCGCCGCCGGCGGCGCCGCCGCGGCCCCGCGCGCUCAGCGAGCCGAUCGUGCCGCCGCCGGUGGUGAGCUGCGACCCGCACGCGGGCGCCGCCUCCGCCUCCAGCGACGACUCCGAGAGCGACUCGGACACGGCCAGCGAGCGCAGCGCGACGAGCGUACCCAGCGAUCCGACGGCCGACAGCGACUGCGAGACGACGCUGCUGGAGACGGCCGGCCCGUGUCGCGUGUACCACUUGAGCGCCCGCUCGCCGACCGGCCGCCGGCUGGCCGAUGACGUGCGGCUGGAGGUGCGCCGGCGCGUGGCUGAGCUCGAGCUGGGGCAGGCCUGGUCGCAGCCGCCAGACGACAGCGACGACAGCGCCAGCGACGAAAGCGGCUACGCCGAAGAGGUCGGUCGCGUCGCCUGAGGCGGCGCGCCGUCCGCGUGAGUCUAGUCAGCGCCCCGCGCCGGGGCGCCACCCGCCGCUGAGGAAGUUUGCGUGCCAAAUCUCCGCUCAGAACCGUCUGUCUGUCCCUGUGACGUGACGAGACGCGAUGUGACGUCUGUGACGUCACGAGACGCGAUGUGACGCGGCUGGCCGGCGGCUGCGUCGCAUCGGCGUCUGGUUCGUCUCGGCGCUGGCCGAGGUGCACCACGACGUCCGCGUCCUUGUCUGUGUUGUAGCCGUGCUGGAGACGGCUGCCUGCCUUUGCCGCCAGCCAGCUCUUCGUCCCUGUUCCGUAUGAACGCGCUGGCGCGCUUGUACUGGUCGUGCAGGAGCCCGCGCAGCUUGUUUGGGGCGUGUUUCU